UGACAUUUUGUUUGCCUUAAUUGAAUACUCAGCUUCUAAUGGUCGACGAUCUCAAGAAAAAAGGUCGCGCUCAAAGACCAAGAAAAGAUCCCCUUCUGAUGAAAGCCAGAAAACAAAUGAUGCUCUACUGAGCAGCAAUGAUCCUACUUCAUCAAAUGUUGAUAUACCACGUGAUAAAGAUCAAUCUUCCGCGCCUGUUGAAAACGUUGCUGUUGCUGUUUCUCCCAGUAAUUCCAGUUCUGAAACAAGAGAAGCAGAACAGUUAAAGGUUCAGAGUGAUAGUUCUAUCCCAGUUUCUCCAUUGUCAGACAAAAUCCUCAAUGAAGAGGUGAAACAAGUUUUGGUUGAGGAGGAGUUUAUUCAAGUUCAUUCAAAUUCAACUGAUGAACCUGUCAGUCAAGAUUCUUUGGGUGUUCAAGUAGGAGAUCAUUCUCCAGUCAUUCCAGAUGGUGUUGAGAUUGUUAAUACCGAAACUCCUGUUGAUUCUGAAUCAAGGAUGUCACAAGAUAUAAGUAAGGCCACCGUGUUAGACAAAGAGAAACCUCAACCUGAAUCAGUUGAGUCACCUCACAGUAUAGAUAGAAAGCUACACGAUGUUGCUCCUAAAGUUGAAACUGAUUCAAACGAAUUGAAACAAGAAGAGCAUAAACAUGAAAGUUUGGGCACUAAAGUAGAGGAGCAACUUGAUGAGGCCCAAGGGCUGCUUAAUACUGCAGUUUCUACUGGUCAGUCAAAAGAGGCUCGGUUAGCUCGGGUAUGUGCUGGACUCUCUACACGUCUUCAAGAGUACAAAUCUGAAAAUGCUCAAUUAGAGGAGCUUCUCAUGGCAGAGAGAGAAUUAAGUAAAUCAUAUGAGGGUCGCAUAAAGCAAUUAGAGAAAAAGUUAUCAGCAACAAAAGGUGAAGUGGCAAAAGUUGAGUUGAACAUGUCUGAGGCUUUGGAUGCAAAGAACUCUGAAAUUGCGGCACUUGUUAGUUCCAUGGACAUGCUUAGGAAGCAAGCGGCAUUAUCAGAGGGAAACCUGGCAUCUAUACAGGCAAACAUGGAGUCCAUAAUGAGAAAUAAGGAGCUAACUGAAACAAGGAUGAUGCAAGCUCUUAGAGAGGAGCUGGCUUCUGCAGAACGAAGGGCUGAAGAAGAACGAGCUGCCCAUAAUGCUACCAAGAUGGCGGCUAUGGAGAGGGAAGUAGAAUUGGAGCAUCGAGGUAUUGAGUCAUCUACAGCCCUAGCAAGGGUUCAGAGGAUAGCUGACGACAGAACAGCUAAAGCAGCAGACCUGGAACAGAAACUGGCAGUGCUGGAGGUUGAAUAUGCAUCCUUAAAUCAGGAGAUGCAGGACAUGGAAACCCGUGCUCAGCAUAGACAAAAGAAGUCUCCCGAGGAUGCCAAUCAAAUGAUUCAGAUCCAAGCAUGGAAAGAAGAAGUGGAACGAGCUAGGCAGAGUCAAAGAGAUGCAGAGAGCAAGCUUUCCUCUGUGGAGGCAGAAAUGCAAAAAUUAAGGGUUGAAAUGGCUGCCAUGAAGAGGGAUGCUGAACAUUAUUCCCGCCAAGAGCACAUGGAGCUGGAGAAACGGUAUCGUGAGCUAACUGAUUUAUUGUAUUACAAGCAAACACAGUUGGAAACAAUGGCAAGUGAAAAAGCUGCAGUAGAAUUUCAGCUUGAGAAGGAGAUAAAAUCCCUGCGAGAAGCUCAGGUAGAAGCCAGUAGGAGUAGAGUCAGUCGUCGACAGUCAGCUACUUGGGAAGAGGAUGCUGAUAUGAAAGCGCUAGAGCCUCUCCCAAUACAUCAGCGCCAUAUGGCUGGGGCAAGCGUUCAGCUGCAGAAGGCUGCAAAAAUUCUCGAUACAGGGGCGGCCAGAGCAACUAGAUUCCUGUGGCGUUAUCCAACUGCCCGACUUAUCCUUCUGUUUUAUUUGGUAUUUGUACACCUUUUCUUGAUGUACUUGCUACAUUGUCUCCAGGAGCAAGCUGAUACAUUUGCAUCUAGAGAAGUAGCAGAAACCAUGGGACUUGGAAACUUUACACAGCAAUAAUACUAAUACUAAUGAAACUAAUACUUGUUUGAAGAUCUUUCUUUCUUAUUCAUUGAUUGAUUGAGUCAAACCAAGUUGGUUUAUCUAUAUUUCACAAACAAACAAACAAACGGGGAGAGCUUCUUUAUUGGUAGCGAAAGCAGACUUUGUCUUCUUCGCGAGGAUCCUUCGUUUGUACUGGUGAAUCUAUGUAUAUCUAUUCUACUAUCUACUUGCUAAGCUUGAUUUUUUUGACUUUUCUUGGUGAUGCCUGAAUAUAGGAUUGCACAUUUGUUAUGUUGUAGUAAAAAAUAUUCCUCACAAAACAACCAAGAUUAUAUGUUGCUUUCAGAAACCAUAGUGCUGGUUUUUAAGCAAUUUUUUUA